AUGCCGUCUGCCACCGCAUCUGGGGCCGAUCGAGGCUCUGGUGGCGCGGCGAGGUCGCGCGAACACAAUCAAGGAAGCCAGGAUCGGAAAUACACCCCCGACCAGAAAGCUGCAGUGUUGCGAGUGCGAAAAUGCGCGCCGACUGCCUUUUACGAGAUUCUGGCGCUGGAAAAGUCUGCCACCGAUGGCGAGAUCAAAAAGGCAUACCGGAAACUGAGUUUGUUAACGCACCCGGAUAAAAACGGUUAUGAUGGCGCCGAUGAGGCAUUCAAAAUGGUCUCUCGCGCCUUUCAGAUUUUGUCCGACUCGGACAAAAAGUCGAGAUAUGAUAAAUUCGGCGGAGACCCCGACAGUAGGUUUCCCGCGUCUGGAGCUGGGCCAUCCGGUGGAGGCUCGCCAUUUAGCGGAUUCGGCGGUGGAGGAUUCCCUCGGGGGCAGCCGGCAGGAGGGCCUAUGUUUGAUGAGGAAAUAUCGCCUGAAGAGCUUUUUAAUCGUUUCUUCGGAGGAGGCUUUACCCAGAUGGGCGGUGGUGGGUUUAGUCCUUUUGGAGGCCCUCAAUUUGUUUUCAAUAUGGGUGGCGGUCCCGGAUUUCGAGUUCACCAGUUCGGCGGGCAACGCCCUCGUAGAAGACCACGCGAAGCCAACGGCCAAACCGAACAACCCCCAGCGUCCGGCUGGGCCUCACUUACCCAGCUACUACCUCUCAUCCUUCUAUUUGUGCUCCCCCUCCUGUCAUCCCUUUUCUCCGGAGGCUCGUCAACGACUCCAGGACCUACCUUUCGUUUUGACGGGCCGGUCUCGCCUCACACCAUGCACCGCAUGACGCCGAAACUAAAACUUGAUUACUACGUGAAUCCGCAAGAUGUCGAUGAUUUCAGCACACGAAAAUUGAACCAAUUAGACUCGCGUGUCGAACUAGAAUUCGUCAACAAGCUGCGAUACGAGUGUGAAGAUGAGGUUAAUGACCGCGAACGGAAAAUCCAAGAGGCACAGGGUUGGUUCUUCCCGGACGUGGAGAAGAUGAAGGAAGCCAGGGCGAUGGAGCUGAAGAGUUGCCGACGUCUAGACGCUCUCAAGGGUCGGACAAGGUAUUGA